AUGUAUGGCUCUUAUCUUAGUCCUUAUGAAAGAGCUGAGAUUGGCGAGUAUUCACAAGUGUAUUAUGUUGGCCAGAAUUGUCGACAUAAGAGAGCGGCGAGUAUGGAAGCCAGCAAUAGCAACUUUGGGUUUGAUGAUGAACGCGGCGACUAUCUGAUUAUAAACCAUGAUCAUCUUAUGUUCCGUUACGAGAUUCUGGAUAUGCUAGGCAAAGGAUCGUUUGGACAAGUGGCCAAGUGCUACGACCAUAAGACCGGCGCGUAUGUGGCCAUCAAGAUCAUCAGAAAUAAGAAGCGGUUCCAUUGUCAAGCACUGGUUGAAGUGAAAAUCCUGGACAGCCUGACUAAAUGGGAUCCGGAGGAUAAGCAUCACUUGAUUCGUAUGACGGAUAACUUUUAUUUCAGGAAUCACUUGUGUAUUGCAACUGAGUUGCUAUCGAUCAAUCUGUACGAGUUUAUAAAAACCAACUCGUUCCAGGGUUUUAGUCUUGGCCUUAUUAGAAGAUUUUGCACACAGUUGCUUGACUCUCUUGAACUGUUGGGCAGACACAAUGUCAUUCAUUGUGAUCUAAAGCCAGAGAAUGUAUUGCUGAAGCAUCCUACGAAAUCAAGUAUCAAAGUGAUUGACUUUGGAAGCAGCUGUCUUGAAAAUGAAAAGGUUUAUACCUAUAUUCAAUCUCGGUUCUAUCGAUCUCCAGAAGUAAUCUUGGGAAUGUCAUACAACAAGGCAAUUGAUAUGUGGUCGCUGGGCUGUAUCCUUGCUGAGCUGUACACAGGAUGUCCACUGUUUCCUGGUGAGAACGAGCAGGAGCAACUGGCCUGUAUCAUGGAGAUCCAAGGAGUACCUGAGCGAUACUUGAUCGAACAAAGCACUCGACGCAAAGUGUUUUUCGACUCGCAUGGCAACCCUAAACUUGUGAUCAAUUCCAAAGGCAAGAAGCGACGUCCGAGGUCCAAGACCCUUGGUCAAGUACUAAAGUGCACAGACGUGUUGUUCCUCGACUUCAUAUCCAGAUGCCUUAUCUGGGACCCAAUGCUGCGAAUGAAACCUCAUGAGGGUUUGCAACAUGAGUGGAUCACCGGUGGCAAGGCUCCAGCGAAAACGUCUUCUACCGCUCUGCCAGGCAGUGAAGCUGUCUCGCGAAGGAAGAGCUCUGUGUAA